CCGUGACGUAGUUCCGUCUUUCACGACUGUUCUCUUAAUGUAGCUAGUUACAAACUUCAGGGGUUUUCCCCAUUCCUCUUAAAAUUCAGAAUGAAGUAGUUUCCGGGCGACACGGUACCAGCAGUAAACAUGGCGGAGGAACUGCUGGAAACAGUGGAUAGACUUCAGUCCCGGCUCCUGGAGAAUCCGGAGCCUCGAAAGCUUCUGAAGACUUUUAAAAGACUGGGGGAACUUCCCAUGACUGUGGACAUACUAGUGGAAACUGGAGUCGGGAAGACUGUGAAUUCUUUUAGGAAACAUCAACUGGCUGGAGAGGUGGCAAAAGGCCUCGUAGCCAAAUGGAAAAAACUGGUUCCACAGUCUGCGGACAGACCCACCAACAGCCUCGUCAAAGAGGCACCGCGCUCGCACACACACCCUCGAGGGCCAGAGGCAGGAGGAGGUGGAGGAGGCCACAGACGCACCCGGGAGCCCUCCCCUGAGGAAGAGCCCUCCUUCAUGGAAGAAGAGGAGGAAGAGGGGGAGGAGGAGGAGAGAGGCUAUCACACGAACUACUCGCCCUCACCUCCUCAACACAAGCAGUACAGCCCUCCACAGCGAGGAGGCUACCAGUCGGACGAGUAUGAGAGCCCUGAGCCUGACCUGGAACCUGAACUAGAACCUGAUCCUGAGCCUGAGCCUGAGCCCAGUCCUCCUCGCAAAGAGGUCCGCCACACCAAACCAAACAAAGAACCCAACAAAAACCACCACCACGGCGACAAAAACAGGGACAGAGACGAGGAGCGGCGGCAACGCCAUGCACAGAUGAGUAGCGAUCGAGGAGGAGGAAGGGAAGAUGGUGAAGGGAAGAAACGCAGCGCAGACAGAGAGAGACAGCAGAGUCCAGUACUGAAGUCUGCGAAGCAUAGCAAGAAGUCCACCACACAUGAGAGUAAGAGGGAGGAGAAGAAGAAAGGAGGCGAUGAUGGGCGACCGCGGGUGCCGAAGGAUUCUCCACCCAAAGAGGAGGAAGAGGACUUUGAGACUCCCACCAUGUCGUUUGAGUCUUUCCUCACAUAUGACGCCCCAACGCCUGUCAAGAAGAAGAAGAAGCCAUCAUCAUCGUCAUCCUCGUCACACAGUCGACCGCCUCACUCUUCUUCCUCCACGUCGUCCUCCCAUCGUUCACGCACUCCUCCGCCUGCCCCCUCAUCCUCCUCCUCAAAAGGGAGCAAGGCUAACGGCACUCAGAGUACCAAGAGGCCACAUUCAGGCUCCAGUUCGGCAACACAUGAAAAACGCAAGAAGGGGGUUGAGGCCGUUGCGACUAUUCCUGAAAUCCCUCUGCCAGCGAUUCAACCCUAUUACAGACCUCUGCCCUCCAUCGAUGUCACUCCGCUGUCCCCUCAGAGACGGAAAGUUCCUGUCUGCAACGACGAGGAAGAUUCCGGGUUCACAGGGAAGCGAUUCAACUCUAAGAUGGUGGUGUACUCGGGAUCAAAGACAGCUUACUUGCCCAGGAUGAUGACUCUGUAUGAGCAGUGCAUCCGUGUGCUGCAGAACAACAUCGACUCCAUCGCUGAGGUUGGAGGAGUGCCGUUCGAGAUCCUGGAGCCGGUGCUGGAGCGAUGUACACCAGAGCAGCUGUACCGCAUCGAGCAGAGCAACCAGUGGUUUACGGAGGAAUCUGACGAGCUGUGGAUGCGUCACUGUCAGCGGGACUUUAAGCGCGAGUCUCCUCAGGAGUACGAGUCGUGGAGGGAGAUGUAUCUGAGGCUGCACGACGAGCGCGAGGAGCGACUGAGGAUGCUCACCCAGAACAUCUCCUCCGCCCACGCCAACAAGCCAAAAGGUCGGCAGGUUAAGAUGGCAUUUGUGAACUCGGUCGCCAAGCCGCCACGUGACGUCCGCCGCCGACAGGAGAAGUUCGGCACCAUCAGUGGUUCGUCGGCCACGUCCACCGCAGCUGCAGCUCCCAUCAAAAUAAGACCAGCUCCCGCAAAUUACUCUGGUGAAUCGAGCCACUCCUCUUCCUCCCAACUUAACCCUUCUCCCAGCUCGUCUCGCUCCUCAGCACCAGGAGGAGGAGGAUCAGGAGGAGGAGGAGGAGUAGGAGGAGGACCUGCCGCCCGGGACAAGCCACAGGUCAAAAAAAUCGCCCCCAUGAUGGCCAAAACUAUCAAAGCUUUCAAGAACAGAUUCUCCCGCCGAUAGUGUGAAAGAGACUGAAUGUAUUUUAUGAAUUCCAACUGUAUUUUUUAAUUUAAGUAUAGAAAGGUUUUACUGGAGAGCCCUUGACCCCACACACACACACACACACACACACACACACACACACACACACACACACACAUUGUUUUUAUUUAACUAGUGGCAUCUGUUUUUAGGGGUCUUUGAAUAAGUAUUUAAAUCAUCAAUGACGGUCAAUGGGUGUGACGUCUGUGAAAAUUAUGAAAAGGAAGUCGCCAACUUUUUACAAGACGCAAAGGACACACACACACACACACACCUGCAAAGACACAGUCUGUUAUUUUUCUUGUUUUCUUGCAGCCAUUUUAAAAGGAAUAGCUUGACCCUUUGGGUAACAAAAACUCUUUGUUGCUUUCUUACAGAGAGUUAGACUAGAAGACUGAUACCACUCUCACGCCUGUACGCUAAAUAUGAAGCUCAAAUCAGGAGACGGUUAGCUUAACAUGAAGACUGCAAGCAGGGGGAAACGGCUAGCCUGGCUCUGUCCAAAGGUAACAAAAUCUGCCUACCUCCCAGCACCUUUAAAGUUCACUAACAUGUUGUGUCUUGUAUGUUUACACCGUAAAAAAAUGCUUAAAAUUGUGUGUAAAAACGACAAUUUGUAGUUUUAUGGGGGGUAAUGUGCCAAACUACAAUUUGGCCAGGAUCAGUUGCCAGGCAACCAGUGGAGACGCCAGGAUGUUACUGGUCAGAACCUAGAAAAGAUUUAGCAGGUAUCCCUCCUGUGAAACACAGAAUUGUCAUUUUUACACAGGAAACUACACACUUUUAACUGAGACACAACGUGUUAAUGAGUGAGAUGUGCUGGUAGGUGGACUCUGCUCCCAUGCUAGUUGUUUCCCCGUUUCCAGUCUUUAUGCUGAGCUAAGUUAGCCGGCUACUGGCUGUAGCUUUAUAUUUAGCGUACAGACACGAGAGUAGUAUAGAUCUUCUCAUCUAACUCCUAGCAAGAAAGCAAAAAAAAACAUACUCCGUCUACUAAAAUAUAAAACUUUUCCUUCACGGGACAGAAAAAUUACUGAUUAUUUUUCUUUUAAAGAAUAGUUGUUUGUUACGUUUCAUAUGAUCAAAUGAUACACUACAUGAAGAACACACACUUUUUACAAUGGCUUGCAAGGUGCAUGUCAGCCGAGACAUCAGCAGGCUGGUUAAAGACUCUGCUUUUUUAAAAACAAACACAUGCAUAUUUAAACAUGUUGCAUUUUUUUAAUAUGUAGUGCGAUAACACACACACACACGCACACACACGCACACACACGCACACACACACACACACACACACACACACACACACACACACACACACACACAAUGUAAAGUUAUUUUAACCCUCCUGUGGCUUCAGAUCAUGAUUCCCUGCUGUUAAGUGUGUGUGUCCCUGUUCAUAUCUGCUUCACUGUGAGAAAUAGCUUGAGUGAAUGCUGAAGAGACUGCAGGAAGAGAAGAGGAAGAACAGGGAAACGGAACAAUAAGGAAGGAGGUUAAUAGGACGUCUGCAGCUUCAGUCUACAACAACGAUGAGAUGUAUUUAUUUUCAACACUGGGACCUGGCACCCCACAUCAUGGGCCUGAAAGGAAGUAGAUUCAAAAUUGUAAUUUUAGUAGAUUUUAAUAAAUGUUAUAUGGUCAUUUUUAUUAAAAUUGACGUUUUGCCCUUAAAAACUGUGUGUGCAGAAACCUUUUGUGUGGUGGUGUUUCAUCAAGCAACACAAACAUCCUCUGUGCGUUUUCAUGAGCUUCAUUUUCUCUCUAAAUGACUAAACAAUUUAAAGUCUGCAGAGGAGGAGGUACAGUAAUAUGGAAAAACUCACUUCUAGAGAAUGUCCUGUUGGCCUGAAUAAAGAGGUAUUAGUAUAUUGUUUACAUAAUGUUAUCCUUAAAUCAUGUAUUGUGGCAUUUAUUCCCAAUUAAACCUACAUUUUGUGUUUUU